AUGGUGCAGCCUCAGCUAGGCACCCAGGGGCUGCAGGUGACCAUGGCACAGCCUCAGCCAGCCACCCAGGGGCUGCAGGUGACCAUGGCGCAGCCUCAGUCAGCCACCCAGGGUCUGAAUGUGACCUUGGCGCAGCCUCAGUCAGCCACUCAGGGUCUGCAGGUGACCAUGGUGCAGCCUCAGUCAGCCACCCAGGGUCUGCAUGUGACCUUGGCGCAGCCUCAGUCAGCCACCCAGGGUCUGCAGGUGACCAUGGUGCAGCCUCAGUCAGCCACCCAGGGUCUGCAGGUGACCAUGGUGCAGCCUCAAACAACAAACUAG